CACAGAAAUAAUAGCUGAAUACAGGAAUAAUAGAGUUAAUGCUACACUUAGUAUUGCAGUACCUGUCUGCUUGUAGUUUUCUGGAAUUAACUUAGCCACGGUACCAGUACUACUGAGUAACAACAGAACAAGUGCAAUUUAUUGCAUUUCAAUCAACAUGGCCACUGGUGUACCCGAUAUUAUCAAAUCUCAGCUUUUUACUGAGAUUUGUCCUGACAAUGCAAAGUCUGGACCAACUAAAAUAACCAUUGUUGGAGUUGGAAUGGUGGGAAUGGCUUGUGGAAUGACAGUUUUGAUGAAGGGUCUCUGUACAGACCUUGUUCUUGUUGAUGUUGUUCAGGACAAACUUCAAGGUGAAAUAAUGGAUUUACAACACGGAAGUUUGUUUUUGGAGAAUAUCAAAAUUUAUGGAGAUAAAGAUUACUCAGUUUCAGCAGAUAGUCAAAUUGUAAUAAUAACUGCUGGUGCUCGUCAACAACCUGGUGAAUCGAGACUUAGCCUUGUUCAAAGAAAUGUCAAUAUUUUCAAACACAUCAUACCACAAGUUGCCAAAUAUAGUCCAAAUGCAAUUUUGGUUGUUGUCUCAAAUCCAGUUGACCUAAUGACAUAUGUUGCCUGGAAGUUGUCAGAUUUUCCUCGCAAUCGUGUCAUUGGUUCUGGUACUAACCUUGAUUCUGCAAGAUUUCGUCAUCUUAUCGCAGAGAAAUUGAACUUGUCUCCUGUCAGUGUUCAUGGUUGGAUUAUUGGUGAACAUGGAGAUUCAAGCGUUCCGAUGUGGAGCGGAGUGAAUGUCAGUGGAAAAUGUCUCAGCACAAUUCACCCUAGAAUUGGAUAUCAUGAUGGACCAGAGGGUUGGGAUACACUACACAAACAAGUUGUUGAUGGUGCAUAUGAUGUUAUUCGAUUAAAAGGGUACACAAACUGGGCCAUUGGUUUAAGUUGUGCUGAACUGCUGGCUUCCAUUCUACAUCACAGACAUAGAAUUCAUCCAGUUACCUGCUUUGUAAAGGGUCAUUAUGGUAUCACAGACGAUGUUUGCUUAUCGCUGCCAUGUGUGUUGAAUCGAAGCGGUGUCGGUUCCAUUGUGAAUGUCGAUUUGACAGAUGAAGAACAGGCCAUGGUAAAGAAAAGUGCCAUGACUAUUGCAGAUGUACAAAAAGGACUUAAAUGGGGGGAUCGAAAACUGGAGAUAAUUGGCGCACGAAUUGUGGCUGAUCUACCAUCACCUGUCGUGAAAUUCAUUCAAUAUUCUACCCAUAUCUUGUCCGCUGUAUGCUUAAUUCAUGUCGCUGCACAGGUAACAUUCUGCAUUGUAUCCCGUAAAUCUAUUAUAUAAGAAGCGUGCUAUGUUGUGGUUUAUUUAUGCUGUGAAGGAAAUGUUUGAAAAUCACAAGUUUUAAAUGUUGUUUACGCUCUUAUGCUUUUCUUAUGUAUACCUCUGUAUAUAAGACGCCAUGCACAACCAUACCGGCACACCCAUACCCGGUUAAAGUGUCCUUGUCAAUCAAGUUCAAUAUUAAUCUAUCGGUUUUAUAUUCAAUAUUAGUCUUGGAAAAAAUUAUUUUCCUUCCUAAAUUAUUAUUUCUCAAAUGUUUUCAAGAAAAUUGAAUUUAAUAGUGCAGAUAUUUGCUUUUUCAUCUGUUGGCAUGUACGAUAUUUUUUCUUUUGCUUCAAAUGAUCUGUAAAUAAAUUAGUAUUAAAAUAUAAAAUCAGAUUUUUUGAUAAAUUUUCAUUGGUGCAGUUUUUUCUAUGCACAACUGUAACCUGUGUCCUUUCUCUGGCUACUUGACAUAAAAUGUUAGAUGAUAUGCUCGAUACUCGUCAACAUGUCAAAUAGUUACACAAAUACAUAUAAUAUGAAUACAGUAAAACAUUAAUUUGAUAAUUGAUCUUUAUCAGUGGCUUUCAAAACCUAUCAGUCUGUGACUGAAAAAAUACUGGGAAACUGUUAAUACGACACAACUUUUUACAAAUUUUAUUGCAACCUGGCCCAAACCUAAUCCUAAACAAUUGGCCCAAAUUUUCCUAUGCUAGUUUAGAGGAGGCAGUGCUUGAAAACAUUGGCACUAGUGCCCACAGAACGCAGUUCGGAAACCACUGAUCUCUCUCUAUUCAUAGUAUGUAGAUGUCCUAAAUAGAAUACACAGAAUUUUAAGUUUAUUAUUCGUCAACCAAUCAGAAGUCCUUUCUGUAAUUUUUCUCAUAAUUACGUUUUCUCUGUAGCUUAACUACAUAUCUUUACUUGAAUUUUAUCCCAAGGAUGCUGUUGCAUGUAUUCUGAAAAUAAAACUGGGGAAGAAUCAAUGAAAUAUGUAUUUUUGUUUUGCUUAAGCUUGCCAAUCAUGCUGUAAUAUGUCUUUUAAUUUCAAAAAUUAAACUUGUGAUGUGAUUAAAUGAUACACAAGAUA